AUGGCAUUCAAUAAGAAGUAUGCGGGUCUCCCAGAUCUGGAUCCCUCGCCCGAUAUCUAUGAGACCCCCGAUCUGACCGAUGAAGCAUCCACCGUCCCGACUGCAACAAUCCGCACCACUUCCAAUGCAGAUGAUGAUGCCGGCUCCAACCCCGAUAUCGACCGUCAAGCCAUCAAUGCGGAUGAGGCGCGCGCUCACUUUCUCGGGGCUACCGUUGAUGCGCGCGAAGCCAAUUUCUCUGAUAGUAUUGCUACGAAACGGAAGGCAUAUAGGAGCAAGAGUCGCCGACGCCGCAGAAUAGACGAUGGAUUGGAAGAAGUCGGCGAAUUCAGUGAUAGUGAAGAGGAAGGCUUUGAGAGAAAGCUUGCUCGCCUCCGGAGAGAAGUCGAGGAGCUGAAGGAUGAGAUGGCAUCCCGCCAAGCUGAGUCAGAGCCCAAUGGAAACCAGGGAGAACGCAAGGAAGGACUGGACGACGGGGUGCUCGAGUUGAGCCGGGCUUUGGACAACCUCUAUGCCUCCUCUCGGAAAGCAUCUGGGCCGCACUCGGCAGCCGCGGUAGUAUCCAAGAGGAUCUCUGAACCAGGACCUGAUGACCCUGACAAGCCGGACAAACCGACUGAGAAGACGGAGACGGAGACUCCUUCUACUGCCCCAUCUUCCGGCGUUUUGGCCCACGCAGCGGCCUUUGACGGCCGGCUAGCACUCGUCGAGGCUGCUAUGGGUAUCUCCAGCUCCUCCAACCCCUUUAUCGCCGAUGGAAGCUCGGAUGUGCCACUCCAACCCGUCCUGCCGGCUUUAGACCACCUUACGUCCCGACUGAUCACUCUAAUGAACAUUCUUGUCGGCCCGGCCCCUGUCUCGGCUGUACCGACAAUAGGCACCGCUCCACCCUCGGCGACUGUGUCCACCUCCCAUCUUGAAAACUUGUCUGCACGCGUCAGAAAGCUAACCGCUGAUACCGAAGCCUUGGCGUCCGCCCGCAAGCGCGCCGUAGAUGCAGCCAAAGCCGCGCAAAAUGCCCGCAUUGCCACAGCAGCUCUCGAACCAUCCGAUAUGUCUGUAUCCUCCUCAUCAGCCACAGAAGUCGACCCCGCAGCUACCCAACGCGAUGAGCAAGCCACCAAGAUUCAAGCUCUCUACGCCACCCUACCGACCAUUCAAUCCCUCCACCCGAUCCUCCCUAGUGUCUUGGAACGACUCCGCUCCCUACGCGCCAUCCACGCAGGUGCUGCACAAGCCUCUGAAUCACUGGACGAGCUGGAAAGACGCCAGGCGGAUAUGGCGCGGGAGAUUGACCAAUGGCGCGAGGGGCUGCAGGUUGUCGAAGAGAAGAUGACCCAGGGGGAGGCGGCUCUGAAGAGCAACAUUGCGCUGGUUGAGCCCUGGGUCCGUGAUUUGGAAGGUAGAAUGGAUCGUUUGGAGAACAAACAGGCGUGA